GUUAAAAUAAUUAUUCAUGAAUCAGGGAUCAGAGACCCUCCCUCCAUCCCUCCCUGUUCAGAGGCCAUUUUUAUACAGUGAAUCACAAAACGGUACAACAUAACUGGCACCACGCAGUUUCAUAGCUCGUCGAUUUAAUAUCUUUCUACGCGGCAAAAGAAGAUCCACAUUUUCCAUGGACAUCUUCAAGAGUCACUCUGGGGCAAAAGAUAACCCUUUGAUGCAGUAUGUCCUCAAUCAUUCAAUGAGGGAGCAUCCGGCCCUGAAAAAACUCAGACUGAGGACUAUGGAUGAUUCCUGGAACUUCAUCAUGGUUGCCGCUGAGCAGUCUCAGCUGAUGGCUAACCUGGCAAGACUCAUCAAAACCAAGAAAGCUAUAGAAAUCGGAGUAUACACAGGGUACAACACUCUGAGCAUAGCGCUGGUUCUGCCAGACGACGGGAAGAUGGUGGCCUGUGACAUCAAAGACGAAUACCCCAACAUCGGCAAACCCUUCUGGAAAGAGGCUGGAGUGGAACAUAAAAUAGAUCUACGCAUCCAGCCGGCAUUGAAAACUCUAGAUGACCUCUUGGCCAAUGGCGAGGCCGAGACAUUUGACUUCGUCUUCAUCGAUGCAGACAAAGCAAACUAUGACAACUACUAUGAAAAAUCCCUCCAGCUAGUGAGGAAAGGAGGCAUUAUUGCCAUUGAUAAUGUUCUGUGGAGUGGGAAGGUGGUGAACCCUGCAGCUGAUGACAUUGACACCCAGGCCAUUGACAAGCUGAACAAGAAGUUGUACCGGGAUGUCAGGAUCAACAUCAGCAUGCUCACCGUGGGAGACGGCGUGACACUGGCCUUCAAACUCUAACACUAUGUAGGAGACAGGUCUUAAAACUAUAGUACUAAAUGGAAGAUUGGCCAACACUGGUCUGUACUGUGGUAAACCGUAGUACCCAAUUACUGAGAAGUAGCUUUACAUUACGAUAAUCAGAUAGUACUUGCCAAGUGCUGACUUUUAAAAUGGUUGUUUAUAGGUCAUUAAAUCCACGUGCGUAAUGCUGCCCUUUAAUAUAUGUGACCUGAAAAGGUUUAAAUGAAAGAACUAGGACUGUCAGAGUUAAUCAGGUAACUUUGUGUGCAUUUUUUUUUUUUAAUAUAUUGUCUGAAGGCAUUCAAAAAUAUACUGAAAACAAGUCGAGUGUCUGCUUUCUCAAUUUACAUCAUUUUGCCAACUGUUACUUUAGACAAAAUUAAGAUGUCAAUAUUCUUGUUUUUUUUUAAUGAAAAAUCUUAAAUCGCACCUUAAUUUGAGCAAAUUCUGAAGUUGUGAUAAUUCACAGCAAACCCUGCGAUUAAAUAAAACGUGAUGGUCCUAGAAAGGACCAAAGUAA